UCCUCCUCCCGUGUGUCUUCUGCGAGCUGCGUGCGGAAGAGCGGGCCGGGGCCGGAACGUCGCCCCUGCGCUCCGAGGUUGAUGGCUGCGGGCGCGUCGAUGACUCGAGCGCGGUGAUGGGACGUCCCGUCGGCCACGCCGCUCGCUGUCCGCGGCAUGGGGCUGAAGCCGAGCUCUGACGGGCGAGCCCGGACCGCCUCGGGGCCAGGGAUUGCGGGGGUCUCGGGCCACCAGCCCCAUCCUCUCCAUCACCCCCACCAGCCACACCAACACCACCACCAGCCGCAUCAUCAUCACCAUCACCACCACCAUCAGCAGCAGCUGCAGCCGCCGCCGCCACCGCCGCCGGCACCACCGCACGCGGGGCUGGCGCUGGGGCGAGCCGUGCUGGGGCCGCACAGCCCGGGGCUAGCGCGCAGCCAGGGACCCGGGCAGCAGCAGCUGCUCCUGCACGCGUCGGCGAGGACUCGAUCCGGCGGCACGGGCAGCGCUCCCGACGUCAGGCGCAACGCGUCCAUCCCCAUCCCCGGGCGGACGGCGUCGUUGGCAGCAAGCGGCGGUGCCAACGGGCGGCAGGGAGCCGGAGCGAGCCCCGGGGCCCACGGGCAUGGGAACGCGCAUGGACACGGGGACACGGGAGCGUCGGGGUCCGCGCAGCACGAAGACGCGGGGGGGUCUGGGCGUGCGGGACGGCGCGCGGGGAGCCGCGGGUCGGCGAGGAGGGACGAGGGCGCCUCGCUCUCUCGCUCGCUGCCCUUGCACCUCAGCCCCAGGAUAUUCGGUGGGUUCAAGUGCCCCUUGUGCUCCAAGUCGUUCAUCGCCGACGAGAUGGAAGCGCACAUCUCCCUGUGCCUGGCCAAGCCCCGCAUCACCUACAACGAUGAUGUGCUGAGUAAGCACAGCGGGGAGUGCGCCAUCUGCCUGGAGGAGCUGGAACUGGGAGACACUAUCGCCCGCCUGCCGUGCCUCUGCGUCUACCACAAAGGCUGCAUCGACUCCUGGUUUGAGAUCAACCGCUCGUGCCCCGAGCACCCGGCCGACUGAACGACUCGCCCAGGACGUGCAGGGUGGAGGGUGGAGGGGAGGAGGAGAUGGGGGUGUGGAGCUCAACUUCUCUCCUCGCCACCUGAACCCAAGCUGCAAACGACGAGAAAUCCCUGCUGCCACCGUAACGGAACGAUGGCGCGGGCUGCCGGGAUGCCCAUGGCUUUCGGGCGGCACCCCGUCGCUCGCAAAGCGCGCGCCGCCCUUUGUGCAUUCAGCACAAACCACCAGCAGCUCCUGAAGAAGUGCACUGUGGUCCUCUCGGCUGAAGGCUGCCCCCCCCCCCCCCCCGCCUUAGCCGUAGCGACGUUGUCCAGGCAGUGCGGGCGUAGAGAUUGCGCGGGCUGCAUCACUCCGCGCCGUUCGCUGCCUCACGAGUUCCACAACUGUGGACGGCAGCGCUGGGUGUGCUCCCUGUGAAGAGAGGAGUCACGCGGACUUUCUUGCUUCCAUGGCAGUCCCUGAUAACGCAAGCCGGGUCCACCUCCACCACCAACAACAACAACAACAAUUGAAGCGUAUCCACCUUGAAAUAUUCAGAAACAUUGCCCGUACAUUCGUGAUUUCCGAUCGCCGACCCGUGUCAGCGAACUGGGUGAGCAGGCGGCAGUUCGGGUAGCGGAGCCGACGGCGACACCAGCGAAGGGGGCGGGGGGGGGGGGCACUCGGGAGCGAUGAGGAGCGUCCGUGCUGAGCUUGCACGAGCGUUCGCUACACCGGUUGAUGCUCUUAGCAGUCAUAACCUGCCUGCCUGGCAUAUUACAAACCUCAACGCUGUCGUCAA